GGUAUUUAAUAUACAAUAUAUAUGAUAGUUUUAAUUUGUUAUUUUUUAAUAGUUUCACUUACAUUAUUAUAAUUUUUUACAGCAAUAAAAAAUAAACUGGAAUAUCAACUAAAUUUUAAGUAAUAAAAAAAUGUUGAUAUUGUUUCGAAUUGGUCUCAUAUAUAUCUUGAAUUUGAAUGGUUAACAUCCCUACCACAGGCUAAUAUGAGGAAAGGGUGGGGGAUCAAAUAUGUCGGGGACCAAGAGUCGCCAGUCGAGGAGGGAUAGGUGCGUGAGUGCAAGGCAAGAUCCGAAGAUGGAAGGCAUGGGAGACUUCAUGAGAGUUAACUUGGUCGAGACAGAUAGAACUCCAUCAUACCAAGGCUUGCAGGCUGUUGGCAGGUAUGAAAAAAUUACAUUUCUUAUGUCCGACGAAGUGAAAUAUCAAGAAUCACUGCUUGCAGACCUGGCAAAGGAAAAGGUAACUCUCGUAAUUCGUGCCAGCAGGAACAACAAUGACUUGAAAACAUUGGAAAAAUAUGGCGUGACUCUCUUCAACAUUCCAUACAGGCGCUCAUAUUUGCCAAGAGAAUCUUCCAUGGAUAAAUUCCUUCAAUUACUCCUCAAGAUAUUGUAUGAAAACAAGCCUGUUGGAAUUGUAUUUCAGGUACGUACAUUGGCUCCGUUCCUCAUCGGAUUUGCUAUGAUGGUGGUGGGAAUACAUAGAGAAGAUUCUGUGGCUAAGAUCCGGCAGCUUGGUGUGAACCCGAGUGAAAUACAGCUGAGAUACCUGCGGAGGAGGGAGAUGGAAUUGAAGCAUCGCUAUGUCCAGAUGACAUUCAUCAGAAGAAGUGACAACCCUCUUGCUCGCAUUUUUUAUUACUUUGUGGACAAAUUCUUCUGAACACUUGGAUUCCUAAGUAAAUGUAAGUUAUCUCUAAUAUAACUUAUUAAAAUAUAACAUACCAAAAUGCUUAUUACUUUAUUUUCAACAAAUAUAAGCAAUCUACAGCAUGAAAAAGGUGCAUUUGUUUUUAUUGAGAUUUAUUUUUAAAAGUUUUAAAUGAUUGAAUACAGUAGUUUCUUCGCAUAAUGCAUAAUAUUUUCUGUUAUGGAAGACACAAGACUCCAUUAUUUGUUCUGACAAUAUUUUCAUCAAAUUUUGAAUAUAAUUCACAAGUACAAUAGUUAGUAGAUAUCUGUGAAUGGUAUAUUGUUCGAUUGUUUAGAACAGUAGCUAUGUUAUUACGCACUUGUAGGAUAAUUUUAAGUAGAGAAUUCAUUCUAAUGUGAUAUCAUGUUAUGAUAUUUUGAUAAUAACUUAAUAAUUUCAUAGUGAUCAUUUAAUGUGUUCUUUCUCAACCUUUUUAAUGUAAUUCUGGCUUUUGUUCU